AUGAAAAAUAAAUUAUUAUAUGAAACUACUGGUACCAUAAAGAAAAAUAAACAAGUUAGAAAUCAGCAACAACUACUAAAACUUAGUGCAAAUCACGAAACUGUUAGCUUUGCUGCUACUUCUAAUUUGGAAAAUGCUAUACAACAAACUAAAGAAAAAGUUGCUAAAAUCGCAGCUGAAUAUCGCGGACAAAACCGUAAAUUCAGAGAUCGCGAAUUUGACAUAUAUAUGAACAUGAAUGAUUGUCUUUAUAAUUGUAAAGCAGUCAAGUUCACCGCCACUAAUAAUGUAAAACGUGUUUCAGAUAUUUAUAAAAAUCCCCAGUUUUUCAUCAAUGGUGUUGAACCCAAUGAUAUUAGACAAGGUGAAGUUGGUGACUGUUGGUUUGUUGCUUCAUUAGCCGUUAUUGCAAAUAUUCCAAAAUUAUUGGAAACUAUUUGUGUGGCUAGAGAUGAAAAAGUCGGAGUUUAUGGUUUUAUUUUUUUCAAAGAUGGUGAUUGGAUUUCAACUGUUGUUGAUGAUCAACUUUUUACGUCCGGUAAAGAGCAAAAUGGAAAUUGGAAAUUAACAUUUUCUAUCCAUGGUGGUGAAACUGGACAAGGAAUCGAAGAUUUGACGGGUGGUGUCUACACUUUAAUUUUCGUUUCUGACAUUUUAGAUAAAGAUCAAUUUUGGAAUGAAGAAUUAAUACAUGUUAAUGAUGGUGUAUUAUUUGCUUGUAGUAGAUUUGAAUUCAGUGAUCAAGAUAUGGAUACAAAAGGAACUUAUAGUAAUCACGCUUAUAGUGUUUUACGUGUAGCUGAAAUAGAAGAUAAUAUUAAACUUUUACAAAUUAGAAACCCUUGGGGUUCAUCUGAAUGGACUGGUGCAUGGAGUGAUGGUAGUAAAGAAUGGAAUUCUGAUCGUAUAACUAAACUUGAUCAUAAAUUUGGUGAUGAUGGUACUUUCUGGAUGAGUUAUGAUGAUUUUCUUAAAUAUUGGGAUCAAAUUGAUAGAUGUAAAUUAUUUGAUUCAAGUUGGACUGUUUAUUCAACUUGGAUUAAUUAUAAUGUUGUACCAAAAUCUAAAGGAAAAUUUACUUUAUAUUUACCUGAAGAUUGUGAUUUAGUUAUAGUACUUCAACAACCUGAUGAUAGAUAUUUUAGUGAUAAACCUAAAUAUAUAUAUCGAUUAACUUUUCGUGUAUACAAAGAGGGUGAAUCAACUUAUUUAAUCCGUAGUCGUUCAUCAGUUCCGUUAGCUCCUCGUAGUGUUAAUCAUGAAACCACUCUUCAAGCUGGUAAUUAUGAAAUUAUUCCACGUAUAAAUCGUGAAAUUGCUCCUCCUGAUACAGAUACAAGCGAAACAACUGAAAAUAAUGAGGAUAAAGAAAGUAAGAAACGUAAAGAAAAACAAGGUACUGAUAAGAAAAAUGAAGAGAAAUGGGAAUUACAAUUGGGUUUGAGAAUUUAUAGCAAGUGUAAAGAAAUUAAAUUGGAAGGUCAUCCAGGAGAGUUUCCAAAAAAGAAAGAUAAGAAAGAGGAUAGUAAAGAAGAUAAAGAUCCCGAAGUUGAUACUAAAGUUAUUGAACCUAAAGAUGAUAAGGACAAUGAUAACGACAAGAGUAAAGAUGAUGAUAAAAGUACGGAUGACAACAAGAGCAAAGAUGUUGAUAAAGGUAAAGAUGACGACAAGAGCAAAGAGGAUGAUAAAAGUAAAGAAGACGACAAGAGCAAAGAGGAUGAUAAAAGUAAUGACGACAAGAGCAAAGAUGAUAAAAGUAAAGAGGAUAAUGAUAAAAGUAAAUAG